AUGGAUAGACUUCACCCUUUCGAGCCAAUGCGCUCGGUAAUCCAGAAUGCCCUGCCACACACCACCGUCGAGUCUAUCAACCCCUUACCGUCCUGUCGCCUGCUAAGAUUCUUCAGUGCCAAGGUCUCAGAUGGUAGAACAGUACUUCUCAGCAUGACUCCACCUCCGAUCAUGAGGCUUCUCCGAUCUGAGAGGGCCAUGAACCUUUCAGAAACCCUCGUUACCAAGUGGAUUCUCGAAGAAGUACUCCAAUCUUCCACACAGGUUGAAAAUACUGGUCGCGGGAGCACCGAUGCCUAUCAACAUGUCGGAAUUCAGUCUGAGAGCGGCGGUCCUAGGAUCAGCCCUGAGGAAAUUGGAGAUUCGAGUGAGAGCAUGCUAAGGUUUCUUCCAAUCCUAGUCGCCCACUCUCCUUCGCCAGCAGAGCUCGGUUCUCCUUUCAACAUCUUCGAGCCGCCGAAAGGGGUUUCCAUCUCCGGGCUUCCAGCACCCUUGAAUGCAUCUGAGAGGAAGACAGUAGAUUUCCAACGAGGCCAACUCGUACGGCGGCUCUCUACCUUCACAUCACCAAAUGGAUUUUUUGGGCCAGCUAUAGCGGUCAUUGGGUCACAAUUUGAAUCUACAGAUCCACGCGGAGCGCAAUUAGCCAGCUUUGGUAUUCGUGGCGCCAGGACGUGGAGGCAGGCUUUCCAUGCUCUGUUAGAAGGCGUCCUACGAGAUGCAGAAGAUAUGGCCGUGACGUUUAGUUAUGAACCAAUCAGGGGCUACUUUAACAGAUUAGGGUAUCUACUAGAAGGUGUCACAACAGCCAGACUAGUAAUACUAGACGCGAGCGAUGAGUCCAACAUCUUGGUAUCGAGAUCCACUAAAUCCAACGAAAAGGGGGCAGAAUCUCACCCACACACAACACCUAUUCAUGAUCCGAACCGAAUUGAGAUAGAUUCCGCGAGUGAAAAAUCGCAGACAGAUAGGAGCGGGAAAGAAGGCAAGGAUGGAAAAUCCCCAGAAACGCAGCAGCCUAUCAUCGCUGUCACAGGAUUCCGCGACUGGAGCAAUUGCGUCUUCGGCGAUCCGCUCUUUGCCGAGGUCUUCAGUCGUGACCCGCCAUCCGAGUUCCUACGCGGCUUCAACUCCCAACAUAACGGCAGCAAUCUCGUCGAUGACCGUGAGAGCGUGCAAGCCCGCCUGCUUUUAUACGAGUGUUAUCACGCCACCGUAGGCGUUGUGAAACAAUUCUACCGCCCAGGUCCUAACAGCAGCGACCGCGAGAUCACGGCGCGUAGACGCUUAGUAGCUGCCUUGAAGAGGCUCCAAGAGGUUGACGAGGAGGUAUCUGGGAAAAGGCCUAGACGGCCCAGUGCUAACGUGGAGGUGUGGCCGGUGAAGAAGCCUAGGGGAGAUAGGGAUAGUCCUGGUCCCAGCUUCGGAAUGAAAGGCCCAGGGGCAGGCAUUAUUUGA